GCCGGCACUGCGUUUGGUCUUUUAGGCGCGGGCUUCGCCGUCGAGGGGCCCGGGUCGCGAGGACCAUGCGGGUCGUCGCCCUGCUCCUCGGGGCCCUGGCCGGCAGCGACGCCUUCUACCUGCCGGGCGUCGCGCCCCGCACGUUCCGCUACGGCGACAAGGUCGAGCUCAAGGUGAACAAGCUGACGAGCGUGCACACGCAGAUCCCCUACGACUACUACAGCCUCAAGUUCUGCCGCCCCCGCGGGGGCAUCAAGCGGGCCACGGAGAACCUGGGCGAGUUCCUCGGCGGCGACUUGAUCGAGAACAGCCCCUUCCAGCUCUUCAUGGAGCAGGACCAGUUCUGCAAGGUGCUCUGCCAGGUGGACCUGGCCAAGAGCGACGUGAGCGCGCUGAAGACGAUCAUCAAGGAGGAGUACCACAACAACUGGAUCAUCGACAAUUUGCCGGCCGCGUCGAUCGUCGACUCGGAACAGUACAUCAUCACGGCGUACGCGGGCGGCUUCCCCGUGGGCUACCAGGACCACAAGGCGUCCUACCUCUUCAACCACGUGAACAUUAUCGUGGAGUACCACCCCCUCGACGACGGGUCCCGCGUCGUCGGGUUUUAUGUGGAACCUUUCACGGUGAAGCACCGCUUCGCGGGCGACGCGAAAUGGGACGGCAAGGACGUCGCCGAGGCGCCCGUGCUCGAGACCUGCGACAAGAGCGGGCCCAUGGUCUACGAGUCCAUCGCCGCGAAGCAGGACGUGAGCGUCGGGACCGUGGUCUUCACGUACGACGUGUUGUGGCGCGCGUCGAACGUCAAGUGGGCGUCGCGCUGGGACAUUUAUCUGUCCAUGGACAACCAGGUGAGCGACAAGGUCCACUGGUUCUCCAUCAUCAACUCCUUGCUGAUCGUGCUCUUCCUGUCCGUCAUGGUCGCCAUGAUCCUGGUGCGGAACCUCCACCGCGACAUCGUCCGCUACAACCGGACGCUGACCGACGAGGAGAAGGCCGAGGACCGCGAGGAGAGCGGCUGGAAGCUGGUCCACGCCGACGUCUUCCGCCCGCCGGCGUCCUGCCCCAUGCUCUUCUGCGUCGCCUGCGGCACGGGCGUCCAGGUGCUCCUGUGCACGACGAUCUGCAUCGUCUUCGCGGCGGCUGGCUUCCUGAGCCCCGCGAACCGCGGGUCGCUGGCGACGGCCGUGCUCGUGCUCUUCGUCAUGAUGGGCGCGCCGGCGGGCUACACGGCGGCGACGCUCUACAAGACCUUCAAGGGCCGGCUCUGGCAGAAGUGCACGCUGUACACGGCGUUCGCGUACCCCGGCGUGUGCUUCGUCACGUUCCUCUCCUUCGACGGCAUGCUCUACAGCUACGGGUCUACGGGCGCCGUGCCCCUGCUGUCCCUGCUCAGCCUGCUCGCGCUGUGGUUCGGCGUGUCCGUGCCCCUCGUCUUCCUGGGCGCGUACCUCGGGUUCAAGCGCGAGCCGCUGUCGUACCCCGUGAUCACGUCGAACAUCCCGCGCGAGGUGCCCGCGCCCCAGCCCUGGUACCUGAGCCUGGGCUUCACGACGCUCGUGGGGGGCAUCCUGCCCUUCGGGGCCUGCUUCGUCGAGCUCUUCUUCAUCCUGAGCUCCAUGUGGAUGGACCAGUACUACUACGUCUUCGGCUUCACCGCGCUCGUCUUCGUGAUCCUGAUCGUCACGUGCUGCGAGAUCACCAUCGUGCUCUGCUACUUCCAGCUCUGCUCCGAGAACUACCACUGGUGGUGGCGCGCCUUCCUCACCUCCGGGAGCACCGCGCUCUACGUGCUGCUCUACAGCUGCGUCUACUUUGGGCGCCUCGCGGCGGACGAGUGGUUCACCUACGUGCUCUACUUCGGCUACAUGAUCCUGAUUUCGUUGGGGCUCUUCGCGCUGACGGGCGCCUGCGGCUUCUUCGCCUGCCUCUGGUUCACGAAGAAGAUCUACGCGUCCAUCAAGGUCGACUAG